CCACGUGGCAAAACGUGGAAGUCGAGUCAUCCACGAAAUGGGGACGAUGGCUAGCACAAGCGAACCACGUGCAACUCGGGUCGGUUGCUCGCUCUGGAUGUGAUUGCAGGACUACGACCGCCUUCAUCAAGUGCUGACAUGGCGGACCGGCAUUGGUCUCCCCGGUGAUAUUUUUUUUUAUCGGAGAUCAAUUUUCAAUUCGAUCCCGAAUCUUAUCAUAUUUUCAAUUUGCCUCUCUCGAGAGCGUUAUUCCCUUUCUCGCUCCUCCCUCACUCUUUCCUCCUUCGCGUUCCUUCGCCCGUAAGCAAUUUGAGGCUUCUUCGAUCGCAUCUGCAAAUCCCUCUCGGAGCCAGAUUGGGAUUUCCUGUUAGGGAUCGGGGAGGAGGGAGAGGGAGCGGGCUGAAAUUGGAAAUAGGAUCUGCAGAUCGGCGGCGCCCUCGACAAGCAUUUGGAGAAGUCUUACAGGGGUAUGAACUCGAAGGACAAGGAUACGUUGGCUGUACCCUCCACCUCGGCUGGGAAGCAGCCGGAGCAACGGUUCUUGUCCAAGAACAAGUGUUCAGAUGAAGAAUCUGAAACCUAUCGUGAAGAAUCAGAUGCUAGUGGAUCUAUCGUAGAAGACAUAUGUUGGAUUUCAUGGUUCUGUAACCUCAGAGGGAAUGAGUUCUUCUGCGAGGUUGAUGAUGAAUAUAUACAAGAUGAUUUCAAUCUAUGUGGCUUGAGCAGCCAAGUUCCGUAUUAUGAUUAUGCUCUUAAUUUGAUUUUGGAUCUCGAAUCUUCUCAUGAAGACACAUUCACUGAGGAACAAAAUGAGCUGGUGGAAUCAGCUGCAGAGAUGCUGUAUGGUUUGAUUCAUGUUCGCUAUAUAUUAACCAAUAAAGGGAUGUCUGCCAUGCUUGAAAAGUUCAAGAACUAUGAUUUUGGAAGAUGCCCUCGAGUUUUCUGUUCCGGUCAGCCUUGUCUUCCUGUUGGACAAUCAGACAUUCCUCGAUCCAGCACUGUGAAAGUUUAUUGUCCCAAAUGUGAAGACAUAUACCAUCCAAGAUCCAAAUAUCACGGCAAUAUCGACGGAGCUUACUUCGGUACCACUUUUCCUCACCUCUUUCUGAUGACAUACGGUCACCUGAAGCCACAAAAGCCAUUACAACGAUACAUUCCCAGGGUAUUCGGCUACAAGAUUCACAAACCAUGAUCCAUGCAGUGAUUGGCUUAGAUACGACGAGAAACUGUCUAUAAUUAGCCGCUUGAUUCUUUGAGUUCUAUCGGAGUCUUGUAACUAUUGAUCUGAGUGUAUCUUUUAUGGUUAGCCAUCGAUUUCUCAACUAAACUUUGCUGUGUUAGUCUUUGACAUUCUUUUUGAUCACUUUGUUCUUUCAAAAUGACUUCAUUCUGGUUCAAACAUACAUCUUCUUCCAGGACUUAUAAUGAAAGGUGAUUAUAGCACA